CCGCCAUUUGAAGAAAGUUUUAAAACUAAUUGAAAAAGCUGUGACAAACCUUACUAUAUAUAUAAACCCAACCUUCAUCUAUCAUUUUCACAAAACGAUAAAAGAUUAUUUACAUAUCUAUGGGUUGACCAGAUCAUGGCCAGCCGCAUCAGGCACAACCUCAAGGUAACCAGAACUACAAUGUACCUGUCCAGCUAAACAUACCUACGGGCAUACCGGUCUAUAACCAAACGCAAAGUCUUUGGAGUUCUGAUCUUUUCGAUUGCAUGAACGACAGUGAAAACGCUGUGAUCACAUGUAUAGCUCCUUGCGUCACGUUUGGUCAGAUCGCUGAAAUUGUUGAUGAAGGCGCGACAAGUUGUUCAACAAGUGGGUUGUUGUAUGGAGCGAUGUUUCUAAUUGGAGGACCGUUCGUGUACUCAUGCAUGUUCCGGGCGAAGAUGAGAAACAAAUUCGGGUUACCGGAGGCUCCGGCUCCCGAUUGGAUCACUCACUUACUCUGUGAGCAUUGUGCUCUUUGUCAAGAAUAUCGUGAGCUCAAGCACCGUGGUUUUGAUCCCAAUAUUGGGUGGACUAGGAAUGUGCAAACGCAGCAGCAAGAGAUGAUGGCUCCUCCAACAGGUCAACGGAUGAUGGGUUGACUUACAAGGUUUUGUUAUUUUUGUCACAAAUUGAUUUAAAAUAAUGUUUCAUAUUUCUGUCUUUUUUGUUACUUUAUUAUAAAAUUUCAUGGUCAAAAAUAAAUGUAAGGCAG